AUGGCCACCACCCUCCGUCGUCGAGCAGUCGGCGGCCCCGACGACUCUCCCUCCGAGUCUCCCGUUUCCACCCCGCGAGAUGAGAGCCCGGCUAAGCCGGGACAGAAGGUUAAGGUCGUUCACCACAAGGAGAAGACACGGAAGCGAAGAACUACCGCCAUCUUCCUACUCGGUAGUCUGUUUGGGAUCAUAGCCGCUGGUUUCUUUGCGAAGAACAAUGAUCUGAUAGACUUCCCCGAGUUUGGCGAACUGAGCAUGGACAGUUUGUUCGACGUCAUGCCUGCCGGGCUGGCAAAGGAUAUGCGCGAUCUGAUGAAAGGCGAACGCGACUUCGUUGACAGCUACGAUGCGUUUUCUGUCGGUCUCAAAGCUCGAUCCGAAGGCCUCGACGCACAUCAUCCCAUGAUUAUGAUUCCUGGGGUGAUCUCCACAGGCCUGGAGUCGUGGGGAACGGCUAAUGUAUCUCGCCCAUACUUCCGAAAGCGCCUCUGGGGUUCGUGGACUAUGAUGCGCGCUUUGGUCAUGGACAAAGAAGUCUGGAAGAGGCAUAUUAUGCUUGACAAGAAGACCGGUCUAGAUCCUCCGGGGAUCAAGCUCAGAGCGGCGCAAGGGUUCGAUGCGACAGACUUUUUCAUUACUGGAUACUGGAUAUGGAACAAGAUUUUUGAGAACUUGGCGUCUCUGGGCUAUGAUCCAACCAAUUCCUUCACAGCUGCCUACGACUGGCGGUUGUCGUAUGCGAACCUGGAGGUUCGAGAUCAAUACUUCACUAGGCUCAAGCUCUACAUCGAGAUGGCCGUGUACGCUUCCCACCGGAAGGUCGUUCUUGUAUCACAUAGUAUGGGGAGUCAGGUCCUGUUCUACUUCUUCCAUUGGGUUGCUUCAGAACAAGGCGGCCGCGGUGGUGAUGAUUGGGUAGAGACCUUCGUUGAGGGGUGGAUAAAUGUGAGCGGCUGUAUGCUUGGCGCAGUGAAGGACCUUGCUGCCAUGCUUUCAGGGGAGAUGCGCGACACAGCACAGCUCAACUCCUUUGCCGUAUAUGGGUUGGAAAAAUUCCUCAGCAAGGAAGAGAGGGCUGAGAUUUUCAGGGCUAUGCCGGGCAUGUCGUCGAUGUUGCCCAUGGGAGGAGAUGCUGUAUGGGGUGACGCGAACUCAGCCCCAGAUGACCAGCCGGGUCAAGAAUUGUCCUUUGGAUCUUUCCUGAAUUUCCGGAAGGGCGAGAAUUGGACAACUCCCGACAACAACCUUACUGUUGCUGGCGCCCUGGAAUACAUGUUCAACACGACAGAGGACUGGUACCAGGAUCAGUUGAAGGGCAGCUACUCACAUGGCGUCGCUCAUACAACGGCUGAAGUUGAGGCGAACGAGCACGACCAGCGAAAGUGGAUCAAUCCUCUGGAAACAAGACUUCCACUCGCACCCAGUCUCAAAAUAUAUUGCUUCUACGGCGUUGGAAAACCGACUGAACGUGCAUACUAUUAUCGAACGCCUGAAUUUCCGAAGCUGACAAACUUGAAUAUCACAAUAGAUACAGGCUUGACCAAGGACGAGGUUGAUCAUGGCGUUAUCAUGGGCGAAGGUGAUGGGACCGUUAACCUUAUGAGCACUGGCUACAUGUGCAACAAGGGUUGGCAUAUCAAGCGAUAUAAUCCCGCCGGCGUCAAGGUGACCGUUGUCGAGAUGCCACACGAGCCUGAGAGGUUCAAUCCUCGUGGCGGGCCUAACACAGCCGAUCAUGUUGAUAUUCUUGGCCGGCAGACAUUGAAUGAGAUGAUACUCAGAGUUGCCGCUGGCAAGGGAAAUACUAUUGACGAGUACGUCGUGAGCAACAUCCGGCAAUACGCGGACAAAGUCAAGAUCUAUGAAGAAGAUGAAUACUUGUUAUAG